CUCGACUCGCGCAGUACCAGCCGAUCUCGAAUCUCGAUCACGGGGCUGCCGCACGGUAAACAAAAACACGUGGACCAACAACAACAAUAACAACGAUAAAAACUCAAGAUCUACGGCGGCGGGGAGUGGGAGUACCAGACGGCGGCGAGCAGCAGCUGUCUCAGUGUCGGAGAAGACUACGGCGGCACAAAGCCGGUCGGGCGUUGUUGUUGUUAUUAUUAUUAUUAUUAACAAUAAUUCCACAGUCGUACGACAUUGACGGUGCACGGACAAAUGCGAAAACGUUGUCGUCCGACGAUAAGGCGAAAACGAAUGUACGGUGCGUAUAUUUAAUCGUAUUAAAAAAUUAAAAAUAUAAACACAUUAUCGUACGGCGACGCACGCACCGCGCGCAUGUACCGUGUACGCCGAAGAUAAGCUGGCCUAACGUUAUUUAUUCCGUUGCCGACCGUUACGCCACCGCCGCCGUAUUUAAUAUAUCGGUUAAACCGUCGUGGUUCGACCGCGAUAACGAGCACGACGCCGCGUCUAAUAAGCGGUUCAAGCAGCCACGUUCCGGGCAGUAUUGCACACGGACGUGACGAUGAGCGUACACGAGGUCGGCCGGCCGUCCGUCCGCUGACGACGACGACCGAAUCGAAUGAUAAAUACCUAUACCUCCUGGCUCCUAUAUUAUACUAAAUCGAUCAUCGUAAAAGCCGUCGCCGCCGAAAACUUUACCGACCGACCGCCAGUAGCGACCAUCACCAUGGUCCUGUGUUUUGGUUGCUGUUCUUCUCGUGGAGACUAUUCGCCAAUAGAUGAUGGAUUUCCAUCUCAUCACAUUAACAAUUUAGAUGUAGAAUACAUUGACAUAAAAUGUGGAUAUUCUUAUAAUCAAGUGAAAAAAAUAAUAUUUAAUAUAAUUGCAAUAUGCAUGGUUGGUGUGCCAUACUUAGCAAUUCAUUGGUCAGUCAAAUUAAAAUUAUAUUUACUUAUGACUCCUUGUCCAUUAUCAACGUCCGAUAUUGUUCUCGUUACUAUUUUAUAUUAUAUAAUACCGCAGAAUUCAUUUCACAGCAAAAAAGUGAUUUUUCUGAAAAUAUUAUUACUACCUAUAUAAAUGAUGCCAAUAAUAGUGAUGCCAUUUAUGAUGUUCACAUUUCAAUAAUAAAAGACUCAAACGGAAAAAGAAAAACCGUAAGAUAUUUUAAACAUCAAUUAUUAAAAUAUAUAUGGGAUGAGAAUGAAAAUGUAUUCAAAUUUCUACAAGGUCUUGAUAAUGGAACAACUACACUAUCAAAUUUGUUAGAAAAGUGUCAUGGUCUCACAUCUGAUGAAUAUACAAACCAAUUAGAACUUUUUGGCAAGAAUGAAGUGAUUGUGGAAGUACAUUCUUACUGGAAACUAUUUUUUGCUGAAGUGUUGAAUCCAUUUUACGUCUUCCAAAUAUUUAGUAUAUGUCUAUGGUUUUUUGAUGACUAUGAAUAUUAUGCUGUAUGUGUAUUAAUUAGUUCAGCUUUUUCUAUUGGAACUUCAUUAUAUCAGUUGAAAACGCAAAGUCGAUCACUUAAAGAAACUGUAGAAACUAAUAAUAAUGAUAUUUACACUGUCCUAAGAAGAGAUGAAGGAAGUGUAAAAGUCAAAGCUCAAUUCUUAGUGCCUGGAGAUGUAAUUAUAAUACCACCCGGUGGUUGCAAUAUUGCUUGUGAUGCUUUAUUGUUAUCUGGUAAUUGUAUUGUCGACGAAAGUCUUUUAACAGGAGAAAGUGAGCCAAUAACAAAAAGUCCUCCUUCAUCAAUUGAAGAAUUUUGCUAUAGUAGUUCCUCACAUAAACAUCAUACAUUGUACUGUGGAACCAGAAUUUUGCAAUCAAGAUUUUACGCUGGAGCUCAAGUGUUAGCUCUAGUGGUUAGGACUGGAAGUUCUACAGCUAAAGGGAAUUUGAUACGUUCAAUUAUGUUUCCAAAGGAUAUGGAUUUUGAAUUUUAUUUGGACUCCAUAAAAUUUGUUUUAAUCAUGUUUGUUGUUGCUACUGUUGGAAUGCUGUACUGUGCCUAUUUGUAUGUUAUAAGAGAUGCUUCUAUAGAGUACAUUGUCAUAAGAAGCCUGGACAUUUACACUGUGGUCGUUCCCCCUGCAUUACCAGCUGCUAUGACAAUUGGUAUUGUGCAUUCUAUGAAACGUCUAAAACGCCUUAAAAUAUAUUGCACAUGUCAAACCCGUAUUAAUGUUGCUGGUAAAAUAAAGCUAGUUUGUUUUGAUAAGACUGGUACUUUAACUGAAGACGGAUUGCACUUUUUUGGUUUAUUACCUUAUGAUGGUCUAAAAUCUGUUACAAAUAUUUAUAAUAACUUAGUGAAAGACUUAUCUCAAAUAGAUAUCAGGUCACCAAUAAUUGCUACAAUAGCAUCUUGUCAUUCAUUAACUCACAUAAACGGAUCACUAGCUGGAGAUCCAUUAGAUUUGAGCAUGUUUAAUGCUACUAAUUGGGAAUUGGAAGAACCGGGGGCAGAUAAUUCAAGAUUUGAUAACUUAUUACCUUCCAUAGUUAGACCAUCUAAAAAAUUAUACUCGGGUGAAGUGCCAGUUGAAAUUGGUAUUGUUCAUCAAUUUCCAUUUAAUUCAAAAACACAAAGUAUGUGUGUUAUUGGUCAAGUAUUUGGUACUCGAGGUUACACAGCAUACUGUAAAGGCGCUCCAGAAAAAAUUAUCCAAAAUUGUUUAAAAGAAACAGUUCCUACAAAUAUUUUUUCUGUUUUGGAAGAAUUUGGUUCAUCUGGGUACCGAGUAUUAGCAUUGGCAUACAAAAAUUUGCCAAAAAAAGUUAAUUGGAAAUCUUUAUACCAUCUUAAAUUAGAAGAUGUUCAAUGCAAUUUAAUUUUUCUUGGAUUUCUUGUCAUGCAAAAUAAACUUAAACCACAAUCUUCUAAUGUAAUUAAACAAUUGAGAACAGCGAACAUAAAGUGUGUUAUGGUUACAGGGGAUAAUUUAUAUACUGGAUUAAGUGUUGCAAGAGAGUGUUCUAUGAUACCAUCCAACAUCAAUAUUGCAGUGCUAACAGCAACGCCUAGUACUGAACUAAAUAAAGCUGAAAUUAAACUUGAGCCUACUUUAGGACAUAACUUGGAUUUGCAAGACGAAAAGGUAUAUUAUGCAAUUGACGGGAGGUCAUGGUCUGUUUUGGAGUCAGAUUUCCCGAAUUCGUUGCCUUAUGUUGUCUCUAAAGGGCUUGUGUUUGGACGAAUGUUACCAGAGCAAAAAAUGAAACUUGUGGAGUGUUUUCAAAAUAUGGGCUAUGUGACAGCUAUGUGUGGGGAUGGAGCAAAUGAUGCUGGGGCAUUAAAAGUAGCUCAUGUUGGCAUAUCAUUAUCACAAGCUGAAGCUUCUAUAGCAGCGCCAUUUACAUCUCAAAUAACUAAUGUCUCAUGUGUUACUAAAGUAAUACGAGAAGGGCGAUGUGCUCUAGUGACUAGUUUUGGAAUAUUUAAAUAUAUGACAUGCUACAGCUUAAUACAAUUUAUUACAUUAGUUUUACUUUACAGCAAAGGUAUUAUGUUAGGAAAUUUUCAAUUUUUAUAUUUUGAUUUUAUUCUUACUACAUCAUUAGCUAUUGUAAUGGGUGAUAUUGAACCUACUGACAAAGUUCAUCCUCAUCGUCCUCUGUCUAAAAUUCUGACUCCAAAAAACUUAAUACCACUAUUUUUGCAGUUGAUGGUUUGUGCUUUGAUACAAAUAGGGUCACUAUAUUAUUUAGAACUACAAGAUUGGUAUGUUCCUACAAGACCUGCAUGGUCUGACAAUGAUGUAAUUUCAUGUUGGGAAAAUACUACUUUGUUUUUAACUAGUUCAUACCAGUAUAUUAUUUUAGCAUUUGUAUUGAACAAGGGGUAUCCUCAUCGAAAACCAUUUUACAAAAAUUUAUCUUUCACGAUUGUCAUUGUAGUAUUGACUUUAUUUACACUGAUGUUGCAAACCACUAGAUACUCUAUAUUUACAGACAUAUUUGACAUGGUCAAUCUGAAAAAUUCACGCGAUGAACAAGCACAGCGCCUUUUUCUAAUUACGCUACUUGCUUUUCCAAUUUUAAAUCUUUAUCUGGCUAUCAAUAUUGAGACGUUUGCUGAGUCAACUUUAAUGAAAAAAAUAUUAAGCACCAUCAGACGGAAAAAACAGCCUAAAAAUCCAUAUAACCAGCUAAUCGCUAGUCAGCCUAACAUAUUAUUUUGAAUUGUAAAAUAAUAUUAACAGUGAAUGCAGUUUUUUGUAAUGUUAUUUUCUUUGAUUAUAGGUAAUCUCAAAUUAAAUUCUCACCUAUGUCCUACUUAUAUCCUAUUGAAUUGUUUAAAUUUUAUUUUUAUAAGAAAUGUUAAAUUAUUAAAUAUUGGAUUAUAAGUGUAUUGAUAGCAAAAUGAUAUAGUUUUGUAAUUUGAAUUAAAAUUAAUGAUAUAAAUAUAUCAAAUAUAUUUGUACAGAAUACUUGUAUGUUAUAAGUUUGUAAAAUAAAUUAUAAAUAUCAAUAUUAUGUA